AUGAGUACUUCAAGCGCGGGUAAUAUCUCCUCAUCCCCAAAAAUCCCUACAGACUGCCACUUAUCUAUCCAUUCUUUAGCAGUAAUGCAUAGGGGCUUAUCCCUACAAGAUAAACCCAAAACUCCAUCAUUUUCUAUAGACAAAUUAUCAUUAGUUUGCACAAAUCCAAAUUCAAGGAAAGCUUUUAAAGUUCUUCAAUUCGAAGAUGAAACACCGAAUGCACCAGUGCAUAGAAGGCAGCCAAGUGUAAUAAUAAAAGACAUAAAUCAAAGCUAUGAAUUUACUAAAACAGCCAAGAUAAAAUCCUUUCAAAAAAAAUGCUCAAUCUCUCGGGUGGCACAUCUUUCCAUCAAUAUGGAUAAGUCUGCCCAUCCUGCAGUUCAAAAUGACCCAGAUUCUAGUGUAAGUGAAGAAUACUCAACAGGAAAAUACAAAGCAAGUCAUAGGUCAACAAAUUUAUCUAAAAAUUCUAUGUUUGCUUCUACAAUUGAGCCAAGAUCUUCUCUUUAUAAUUCAGAAAUAAGAACUUCUUCUUUAUUUGCGUCUGAAAUAGAAGUUCGCAGAGAAGCUCAAAGCCAAGACACUGAAUUAACGGAAUGCAUAGACCCUCAGCAUUUUACAAAAACUGAAGGAAAUGCUACAACAAUAGUUUUGGCAACUCAAGGGAUAGAAAUAGAUGACAAUGAGCUUUUUCAAGACAAUGAGUUUAUUUAUGAAAAUAAUGUAAUAAACAAUGGCAGUAACGACCUUGGAAUUCUCCCUACAAAGCUAUACUGUAAAUAUUGUGAGUUGGAAACUUCAACGCUGGUUUCUCUUAAAAUGCCGACUUUACCUAUUUGAAAAGUUAUAUGUUGUGUUGGGGAUUUUAUUAAGUGCUGCACGAAAAUAGAUAAUUGGGAAAAGUAUCAGGAAAUACAUCAUAGAUGUAGAAGGUGUAAGAAGUUGAUUGGAAAAUAUGAACCUAAGCAGUUUUAA